CCUAGCCCGAUGUUACUCGUUAUCCUUGUUUCAAGAUCAUGCCACAUGCGCAUGUGAUUGGAUCGACGGCUGCAGCUUCAAGCCCUUCAACAACCACAGGUUGUGUUUCCGAGCAAUCAUGAUCGCGAUAAGACAAACCUUUUUGACAAUCGCACUACUUACGGAGUAGAACGAACCCCGCCAUCAUCCGCCUACCUUCAAGCCAUCUUUGCGACGGACGCGGGAAGACGCAGUAUGCUAUCCCAGAAACAGUCAUGCUCUUCGAUCUUGGAUGCAGAAAGCAAGAAUCAUGGCACCGUCGGAGCUGAAGCUGUAGCUGUCAGAUAGCUCCAUCAGGCUUUGCGAGCUCUUCGUACAGCAGCUUGCCUUGACCUCUUCGUAAGGUGGGAAUUCCUUUCCAUCUCGCAUCCUCUGUACAUGAAGCUGUGAUCGACCUUCUAGGCAAGCUACAACUUCUCAGCUGAACGAACCAACUCGCACAUCCGCUCGCUACCACUCCACGUCUGUCGCUAUCUAUAUUUUACUGAACUAUACCGAACCACUUCCAGGCCGGUCGACCUCAGUCCUUCUCUCGACAUAGCCAGGACCGAUUUCUAGAUUUUAGCAACAAUUUCCCUGCCACGAUGGCCCGCCUUGCACCCAUUCUUCUACUAUUCCUCAGCCUCAUCUCGCGAGUUGUGACAUACGACUCCGGCUACUGGACACCCUCAGCGACAUCCACGGUCUGGUGGACGCCCUCGCCCAUAACAACAGCAUGGUGGACUCCGACCACAACAUCAUACUGGUCCACCUGGACGCCCACGACGACCUAUACAACAUGCUACACCCAAUCCAACGUCGUCGUGACCAUAACAUCCAUCCUGCCCUGCCCGGAGACGUCGACAGUAAUCUACUGGGAAUGCUGCGACCAAUGCGAAACGAACUGCUACAACACGCCCACGCCUACGACGACCCCCAAUAUCUGGGUCGGCACGACGACAGUAACCUCGCACACCACCAUCACCCCCGCACAGGGUGGCACGACUACCACGAGUAACGGGCUCGUCAUCAUCUACACGUCCAACCCGGCAGCUGCGACAGAGACGCCGAGUAUAGUCUACGCGGUAAGCAGUGAUGCGCUGGGCCAGGACGGCGGGAUGCCGAAUCUCUGGUCCUACGGGAUGGUGUUGGCUGUCGUUGCGACCGUCAUGAUUUUGUUAUAGUCAGGAGACCCAUCAUUUGGGUGUUGCACGGGGAGGUGUUCUGAACAUUGCAUUGUCAUGCAUACCAGCAAAGGGCGGCAAAUUUGAGGUUUCAGCUAUAACGAUAACGACGUGCGGUUAAUAUUUAAUGAAGGAACAGAAUCAUGAUGAUAAGGAAAGCCAUCUGGGAGACAUUGUCAGCUUCCCAGGAUCCAAGCGAGCAGCGUUGCUAAUCUGCGCUGGACAAUGUAGAUUCAAUGCAUUGAAGAAAUAGUCGAUUUAGGUUCAUCAAUUUCCCACUGGGUUAAAUCCAUUCACAACUA